UUAACCAGAGAUAAGCAGGUUGUUAUGAAAUGCAUGUACAUGUAUGACUGGUCUUUGUAAUGUAGGAAUUAAAGUGUAACAAAUUAAGGAUACGUUUUAGGGAAAAUAUAGGUCGUUGACAUACAUAGGAUAGUCUCAAGAUGCUGCAAUCCAAAAUUGGUUUCGUGCUAAAUGUUUUAUUCAUUGUGUAUUUUACAUCAAAGUCAGCAAAUGGACAGACCGGUCCAACGGUGACCUUGACAUGUAGGAGUUGCAACAGAGCUUCUAGCCUAGACCAAUGUAGCGGAUCUAUAACAUGUGGCGUCAAUGAGAUAUGCUAUUUGGAUGAGCUCAUAACCGAUCAGAAGACAGUGGUAUACAAUGCUGGUUGUCGAGCUAAAGACGUGUGCAAUGCUGGGACCAGUAAACCAUCAAUCGUAGGAAAACGCGAGCUUCAAAAGAGAGGGGAUCUAGUGGCGUGCUCGGCUUGUUGUAAUAGACCAAGAUAUUCCGGAGAACCAGAAUGUAACACGCGACUGUGUGGCAUAAAAUACGCAAACACAAAUACGAGCACGUGCUAUUCAUGUGACAGCAGUUCAUCGGGACAGGGUGAUGUACAUGAACCCCAGGAUUGUAUAUCGCAGUCUGUGUGUCAAUCAAACGAGGCAUGUGGUGUACAAAGAUACGAUUAUUUAGGGUCAGACAGUCAUCGAUAUGUGUGUUUACCAAAACUAAUUUGUACUUUGCUGACCAAAGAAGCUUUGAAAAGAAUGGAAGAAUGUAGGCAAAGUCAUGAUAGCAAUAUAUGUGGAAAUGUUGGGAAAAGGUCAUUAGUUAACGUGUGUACCGCAUGUUGCGGAGAUGGACUUUGUAAUACCGGCACUUGUGAACAACUUCUUGAUCGUAUAUACAACCUCUGGAAAGGCGGUGCCCUGGACCUUCAUACCCUUCAGUUGAAACAGACAACGACACGAUUAUAGACCUUAUUCUUCUCAACAACAGUUCGACAACAGAUGAUGACUUACGAGUAGUGUAAUAUUUUUUUUUUGUUGUUGUUUUUGUUGUUUUUU